GAGUUAUUAUUUUGCCAAAUAUUUUGCUAUAUCCUGCUAUAUGUAGUAAUUUUUUGAGUAUAUACUCAAUGGCAUCAAGUAAACCAGGUAUUCGGACUUACGUUCGAAAGAGAAAGGAAACCGCGGAAGAAAAAUAUGAUGCAAUAUUUGGAGCGAAACCGAAAAUUGCACCCACUGCAAUUGUUUCACCAUCAAAAAGAGUAGAAGAAACUGAAAUAAAAAGACGUCGUAUUAGUAAGCAAGACAAUGAGUUGUCUCCAAUCAAGUCAAUUUCACGAGUCAAACAUGCUGACAAAAAAUCUAAAGAAUCUGCUGAAGAAAAGUUUGAUGCAAUAUUCGGAAAGAGUAAUGGGGGUUCUACAACUUCACCAUCAAAACAUACAUUGUCAAAUACUUUUUCAAACAGCGACGAAGAAGAUCAAAGUGCGGAAAUGACGAGGAGUCGAGAUCUUUUUACAUCUGAUGAUGAAGAAAUAGACGCCAAUAAAAAGGAGCAGACAAAAUAUGAAAAAUUAUUCAAACGAAAUGAAAAACUAGCUUCUGAUAAAUUUGAUGCAAUAUUUAGCGAGAGUGAAUAUAUCUCGAAACCGAAACAACAUAAAUCAUGGGUUAAAAAUAAAACCAAAGACCAAUCAAAGGUUCUUGAUAACUUGUAUUCCUUCAAUAGCUGGGAAGAUGAUUCCGUUUCAGAAUCUUCAAAUUCUACGUCAAAAAAUACAAGCCCUCAAAAAUCGCCCACAAAAUUGCCUAGCAUAACACAUGCUAGUAUGGUAAAAGUAGGAGGAAGAUUAGUUUUAAAUAUUCAACGUGGAGGAAAUACUAACUCAUUAUCGGAUAAACGGGGAAUUAUGCUGGUCAGUCCUGGAGACAAAACUGCCAAACCAGAAUUUGUAACAUCAACAAAACCCGAGAGUUCCCCGAUUAAAAAGUCAGAUAGUAUACCAUUAAGCAGUGACAGAAAUACAAAAUCCGAAUACAACUUCGAAGAGAAAAGUUUGGAAGUACACAAGCAAUUGCAGUCUCGUCCGGUUUUCAAGGGCUUAUAUAAACAAGAAACCAAAGAUGAAAUUCCAAAAUCCGUCCGAAUUUCAAGUCUGCCAACUAAAAAAUUACUGGGAUCUUCAAGAAAAAAGUCGUCAAAACCAAAUGUGUCUUAUAAUCCAAGACCAUGGGCAGCAAAUUCUAAAGAUUUACAGUCGUUCUCACAGGAGUCUUCAUAUUCUUCUGAUUCAUUAUCUUCAUCUCAACCAUCUCAGUCAUCACAGAAAUCAGCAGACAAUUUCAGUUCAAAAUCAAGUGUUCCAGCCUUGAAAAAAUCAGUAACUUGGCCAAAAAAUGUUGGCGAAAGUAUUGUGACAUCACUGAAAUGUGAUAAAAAGCACCAAGAGUAUUUCACUGUAGUACGACAUGUAAAAAAUUAUCAGAAUUGCUUGGAAGAAGGUGAAAUACAAGAAUAUGAAGAUGAAGUUUUAUAUUUGCAAGAGGGCCUUCCAUCUCAUCAACCCAUCUCUGUCAGAUGUCUCUCCGUAACCAGUCUUGCUUGCAAAUGCGAACAGCAAAAUUUUAGACUUUAUCUACGAGCUCAUAAUGUUUUGACCAAAGUGUUUGACGAUUUACAAGAUGCUGAUGAAAACAGAGCACUAUCACUGGCUACCUCAUCAUUAUUAUACAUGUUAAGUAGAGAUAGACAAAUUGACAUAAAUAAAGCUACGUUAAGAAUUCUACUGAAGCUGGUCGAUCCAUUAGAAAAAAAUAAAGAUGGUGGUUCCUCAAAUAAACCAAAAGUAGCGACACCACCAAAAUCCAAAUUUUCUAAGCUUUACAAACGAAAGCAAGAAGCGCAGACAACAAAUUCAGAUCAAGAAAUAGAAGCCGUCAAAAGCAAAAUAAAAGAUCUGAUAGAUCGUUGUGGAGAUCCACUCGUUACCUCACAGGAUUUAUCGACUAAAGUUUUAGCCAGUGAAGCAUUGUUACGUUAUACUGCACGAAAAACUAGUGAGUGGUUCCGAGAAGAAAUCAGAUUAAAAGGUGGACUGGAUCAUGUCAUCAGCUCGGUGAAAGCACAAGUGGAUAUUAUUGAAAAUCUUCCUGCGAAUCUUGACUGUUCAUGUCAACCUUUACGUAUCGAGCGACCCCUAUGCACAUUGGAAAGAUUACUUCGAGUUUUAGAAAAUGGAAUCAUUAAUUCUGCUCGUAAUGCCAUGUACCUUGUUACACACCAAAGAGCAUUGCUACUAAAGAAAAUAUCUCUAUUAAUGACUCGAUGCAAGAAAUGGUUGGCACAGACAGAAGAUGUUCGUGAACCUGAUACACCGCCUUCAUCUUCCAAAGCAAAGGCUUCAUUGCUUAUUAAAAAUGUGAUAGCACAAAUUAUCAAAUUACUUGUUAAUAUUAGCAAUGACAAUGAAUGGUCAAGUACACGUAUUGGGGAUCAAGAAGGAAUGCUGGAUAACAUAUUGUCAUGCAUUUUACAUAUUCCUGAACAUGUUGAUGAAGAACAUAGAUAUGAAAUUAUGUUGCUGAGUUUGGGUCUUAUGGUAAAUCUCGUGGAGAGCAGUGCUAAAAAUCGAAUGUCACUUAUGCAAAUGAAAACUCGUUCUGCUGACCAAGAUGAUGAUGAAAUUUCAAUUGUUGAUGCUUUAGUUCAUCUUUUCAUUGAUCGUGAAGUUGCUGCAAGAGAUAAUGAAAUAUUAGGAGAAGACGGGGUCAAAAGAGCAGCUGAAGCAAAACGAAUGCAGAAAGCUGGAAGUGCCGGAGGUUUAAACAAAUCAUCACAGCAUGCUGUUGGAUUGGGUGAUGCAGAUGAUGAAGGAUAUUGGGUUGAAAGUGAAGAAGGUAUGGAAUGGGUUUCCGUACAAUCGAAACGAGAUGACGAUGAUUUACCCAGUAGUCAAGGAUCCCACAGGUCGAUCACAAAUCCUAAUAAUAUUGAAGCCAAAUUAACUGCUGAAGAAAAAGACGAAAUGAGACAAGCACUUGAAAAAGCAAACGAUCAUAUGGAAGCUUCAAUAAUUGCAUCUUAUACUGCCCUUGUACUCGGAUGUCUUAUUCACGGAAGUCGAAUGAAUGCUACGGCAAUCAGAUCCAGACUUCCAGAUAAUGGAGAUCUGUCAUCUAUGAUUAAAAUGUUGAAAAAAUUCCUGUCUUUUAUGUACUUAACGCACGGAAUGUCCAAAAAGGGAGAACAAAAAUUGAUUCAAGUGAUAGAAGACAUGGAAGAAGUCAAUUUAGAUAAAUCAAUUUAAUGAUUUUGUUAUCAGCCAUGAAUUCGUUCAAAUCCAACUGAUGCAUUGAUUAAAUGGGGUGUUGUGUCAAGCUGGUUGAAUGUAUACUUUUCUGCUGUUCACAGCGGUAUCCAUGUGCUCUCAUAUUUGCUAGUUAUAAUUUAAAGUUAAAAGAUUAUUUAGAAUACGAUCACAGACAUAACAAAGAAGUACUUCAAUCUUUUCAGACAUUUUGCUGAUAAUAUUUUUGUGAAAUCGCUACAUUUUCGCUUUUGUUUCCAUUAUAUACUAUAUCGGGACCAGUUCCAAGCAUUAUCUGUUUGGUAUUGUGCUUUUUCUCUACCCGAAAGCAAUAAUUGGGAUGUAUUGAGUUUUGCCAUAAAAUUAGCUGGAAAAUCGUGGAAACUAGGUGAAAAUGUACUUGAAGCUUACAAUUUUUGCAUAAUCAGGGAGGAGUUUUAUUUAAGUUUUUUAUUUACUUUUUAUUGCUUAAUUUUAGAUGGUUUGUUGUGAAUUUAAAUCUAUUUUUGUGGUAGUGGCAUGUACAACUCAAUAUUGGAGUUCAGUUCCAGUCAAAUUUUCACAAAUUAUUUUAGAAAUGUUCAUGUACUCUACAAGCAUAUUAGCAAAGCCAAAAGUUUUUUUGUAUAGCUGUAUAUGUAUAUAGGAUUUAAAUGAAUGAAUUUAAAUAAAUGGAUGCGCUAAUUUGAAAGCCGUACAUCCCGGGAUAAAAAUCCCAUCCUAAUAUAUAGAAAGAAUCAAUACAGCUUUAAGUAAGUAUUAAACAUGUUAGUAAGUGAAGUAAAAUACAUCAUUUUAGAUUUUUGAUUAAAUGUCACUAUUACUAUUAUGGAGUCUUGUAUUAUUCCCAAACAAGAGUGUAGGUAUCAAAGUAACAGAUACAUGGAAUUUAAUCUUUCAAAAAAAAAUUGACAUAAGCCAAUGCAGUUUAACUUCAAAAUGUUUGUCUCUGAAGGUUCCUUGUUGUGUCAUUUACUUUAUAUUCUUGCGACAGAAUUGCAUUCCCGUCAUAAUGUAGUAAUUAAAUUAUUUCUAUUCAGAAUAUCUGUAUAUACCCACUGGUUUAUUAACCUAUGUUGUGUCAACUCCUGGGUAUAAAUUUUUUUCAAAGUUUUGUGAUAUGAAUAAGAGUAUAAUUUGUGAUGGAGACCUCUCAAGAUUGAAUAUUGAAUCUAAUGACUUAUUUGUUAUAUUCUGAAAAAUAUUUGUUUAUAUCACAAUAAACAAGAUUCUUAAUAAACAAUGUGAUCGCAAAUAGAUUUGGAUCUGGCAUUCUCAACAUUACAUAUAUUCCUAAAUGUUCCCGCUCUUGAUUCUGAUUUCUCUCACUGUGUUUACAAUUUCGAAAAAUUAUUGGAGUUACAUCAGUCAAAAACUAAUAUAGAGUUCUUGUUCGAUUUCAACUCAACUAAAAUAACAAUGUUUUGAGCUUGCAAAUCAUAAUGCAUUACGAAAAGUUUAUUAUUGUUAUUGUUAAAUAAUUUGUGGCAUAUGCCAGGAAUGUGAUGUGUUUUAAUGAAACAACUUUUUCGACUGGUGUAUUUUAUCUUAAGUUCAUUUGUUAUUUUCUGUUUCAUGUGGUAUAAUUGUGUUUAUGAAUUAUGAUCUUUUUUGUUAUUGAUAUUCAGCUCUGGUUACGGGGUGUGAUUCUGCUAACAGUUUAAAUGUUGAUAUUAAAUAUUCAAAAGCAUUUU